AUGAAUAUCCGCAAGUACAUCUUGUACUCUUCUCAACUCAAUGUUCGACUGCGAACAACUCUAUAUUCUACGACAUCAGCCUCGUCUCUAUCAACAAUUGGAGAACCUUUCGGCAGCGGUGGCAGCAGGCUGAAGGGUCUCUUUGGUGGAUCCGGAUCCGAUCUGAUGAAUGAUCCAAGACCAAUUCAGAGAAUUCUUGCGAUGGUGGACAAACCAGUUCAAGAUGUUCAUGUGCUGUAUAUGGGGACUGCGACAUACGAUAUUCAGGCCUUUGAAUCGAGACAGACAGAUCGAUUUAGAGAAUUGAACUGUAAGAUUUCCGCUUUGAAAGUUGCACUGGACGAUUCCGUUCCUUUGGCAGACGCUGAGGAUCUGAUUGAUCAAGCCGACGUUCUGGUGGUCGGAGGAGGAAAUACUUUGUAUGCUCUGGAUCGAUGGACCAACUUAGGGUUGGUUCCUGCACUUCGGAAGGCAAUGGAACGCGGAGCAGUAAUAUCAGGAGGCUCUGCUGGUGCCAUUUGCUGGUUCGAUGGUGGUCAUUCUAAUUCCAUGGAUCCAGAUACCUACAAGGUCACGAGGCUGUCCAAAUUCGCGGGGUCGUCUUCGACCGCGAAGGAUGAAAGCUCAGUUGCCUCAUCAGAUGAUGUCAAGGAUUGGAAGUAUAUUCGAGUACCCGCGUUGGGAUUCUUGCCAGGCCUGCUAUGUCCUCAUCAUGACAGAGUACAGUCGAAUGGAAUUUUGCGAGCUGUUGAUUUUGACCGCAUGCUUUUGCGAUCACCUGACGAAUUGGGAAUUGCUAUUGACCACUGGGCAGCAUUGGUGGUAGAUGGGGAUUCCUACGAGGUCCUGUCGCUAGAGGGAAAACCUGGCUCUCUUCCAGCAGAUGGCGGAGGCGAAUUUGUUUCUGAUGGCGCUGGCAUACCAGGCAUUUGGAUUAAAGAAGUAGUGGACGGUAAGGUUCAACAACGCCCCUGUCCGCCCAAAGGGGCUACAUCGGACUUGUUGCGCGAAUGUACCGGCAAGAUGAUCAAUGACGAAGAAGCUCUGCGUAUCUGUCGCGAAGAGAAUCCUCCACCAAGAAAGUGA